AAUACCCAAAUUUCUCAAAUCCCGAUUGUUCGGCUAUAGACUCGAUCUUCGUUUUUGUUCCUAAUCUCUUAAUAAUAUCUUGUCUAACGUAUAUCAUUAUUUAUGAUAACAAAGAAUUGACAAAUACAAUAAUAGAAUUCAAAUGCUUUCGCUUGCUGACUGUAGAGCCUGAUGUCACUAGCCAAUUCCAAUUUACGAAAAAAAGAAAAAAAAAAACUCGACCAAUCAAUUGUCCAUGGUAUAGUUGUAUCAUCAGACAGCCUUUAAUUACCAAGUAAAAAAUGUUAUAAAUUGGGUUCACAGCCAAAUUUAUGACUUUCAACUGUCACCAACCUUACAUUUUGCUAUAAAAACCCCAAGAAACUGAUCAUUACAAACAUCAACAUAAAAGACGAUCAAUAUAAUCUAGAAAAAAAGAGAGGCGAGAGGAGAGAAGAGAGAGAGAUGUCGAGAGCUUUGUCAGUCGUUUGUGUCUUGCUCGCUAUAUCCUUCGUCUACGCACGUGCUCGUCAGGUGCCGGGAGAGUCUGAUGAGGGAAAGACGACGGGACAUGACGAUACAACAACAAUGCCCAUGCAUGCAAAAGCAGCUGAUCAGUUACCACCAAAGAGCGUCGGCGACAAAAAAUGCAUCGGAGGAGUUGCUGGAGUAGGUGGAUUCGCCGGAGUUGGUGGUGUUGCCGGCGUGGGAGGUCUAGGCAUGCCACUCAUCGGUGGUCUUGGCGGGAUCGGUAAGUAUGGUGGCAUAGGCGGUGCAGCUGGAAUCGGUGGAUUUCAUAGUAUAGGCGGUGUUGGCGGUGUAGGAGGGGGUGUUGGAGGUCUAGGCGGUGUAGGAGGGGGUGUUGGCGGUCUAGGCGGUGUUGGCGGUCUAGGUGGAGCUGGUUUAGGCGGUGUAGGUGGUGUUGGCGGUGGUAUUGGUAAAGCUGGUGGUAUUGGCGGUUUAGGCGGAGCCGGAGGUGGUUUGGGUGGUCUAGGCGGAGUUGGUGGUGGAGGUCUCGGUAAGGCUGGCGGUAUUGGUGUUGGUGGUGGUAUCGGCGGUGGACACGGCGUGGUCGGUGGUGUGAUCGAUCCACAUCCUUAAUAGAGAGUAUUUGUUGGUUAGGGUUUUCAUUAAGAAAUAAUUAAUUAGUUUCGAUGUUAUUGUUGGUCUUUUAAUUCGGUGAUCAUUAGGGUGACUUUUGAUCUAUUUUCUAGUUUGGGCUUUUGUAACGUUUGCUUUGAUUUCGGCCGUGGUGUUAUGAAAUGUGUGACCCUCUAUGUUUAAAUCGUUUCGGUUUAUGAGGUUCUCUUCUUCCA